UUGCCAGAUGCUGGCUUAUCAAUACCGGGACUUUUGCACCACCCUUUAAAAAAUAAAGCGUCUAAUCAAACCCCCAUCACCCCCCGCAAUUAAAACAUCAAGCAGACCAGCGGUGUUAUGCGUUCUUAGUUUAUUGUGUUCCGAAACUAGCACAUUAUCGGAAUCCGGGACUAUACUAGGUCUUAUUACUGGUACCGGGAUAAGACGCAAAAUUCCGGGACAAUUCUGGAUUUCUCGGUCAUCUAGCAUCCCUACUCAUAACCGUUGUAUUUAACUGGACAAACAGAAGAAUAUGAAUAUGUGCUCUACUCAUAUCACAGACUCAUUGUCUGUGAUACGAGUCGAAUUUAUGGAUUCUUUUAAAAUACUCUAUAGGCAUACUCCAUGAUUAUAUAUAACAUGGUAUUCCAUGCAGCUUUAAAGUCGCGGGCUUUGGAAUUGUUAAAAAAGUAUUUACACUAAAUAUUUAAAAUGUUACAUCUAAACAUUAAACAAAUUAAAUAUUCGUCCAUGGAUGGUAUUUGUUCACUUGUAUCUAUGUCUCAAACAAUUGUUCUAAUCCUAUCAUAAUCUCUUUGGUUUAAUGGUAUAGUUGCGUCGUUGAUAGCAGCGACAGCAAGCAAUGUCCCAUGAAUGGUGUCAGAUGUGGCAUUAUUUCUCAUCAAAACCAUGCCUGUUUGGUCUCUAAUUAUGUUAUCUCGACUUGACGCAGAUGUGAUAUGAAAUUCAUCCCUAAUUAAGAUAGCGUUGUGAAGCGGCGCAGGCGCCGCUGCAUAGAGUAAGCGACCGACGACCUUGUUUUCGCGCGAUUUCUUCGCCGCUUUCCCUGCGUUAUCACCUUAAGCAUUCGGUCGCAAUCCGCUUAUUUCUCCUUUCAAAACUGCGUAUCCACUCUUUAUGUGGUGACGCUCAUUAUUGCGAACUUAUGUUCAGCUAUUAAAUGGAAAGGUAUCAAUACUGGUUCAAUUACUUUACCUUCUUUUAUAGAAGGCUUUUUGAAAUACAUCUCGUAAUUUGUAUAGGUCUGCCAUCCACCUUCAUUAUUCGAAUCAGCUUCUUCACCUUAAUUAAUUCAAAACGAGGAUCUGAUUUUUUUCGUUUAGAUUUCUUUCGUAGCUAAUUUAUUUUUAUUCAUAGCUAAAAUUUGUAAAAAGGGCGGUGCUCCUGUUUAUUUGAAUUAACUUUCUAAAGAUUUCAUUCAUAUUGAUCUAGACGUGAGUAAAUGUCGAUGUUCACUUUCACAUCUUUAAUAAUAAUAAUCUUUAUUUCUUCUUCCACAAUCUACAAAUCCCAUGACAACUUAUUAUACUAUAAUUCUUAUAUAAGAACAGUAAAAUAGAUUGUGAGAGACUGGUGCCUGAACUAGGCAGAACGCCUGUAUCUCAGAGCACCAGAACUCUCCCUCCCCUGGAGAAUGCACAUUGAGCAAAUUAUAAGGUCAUUGUUCUUACAUAUUAAAUUGUAGGUAUAGGAAGAAAAGAAAAACAUAUUAAUUAUAAAAGUGACACGACUACGCUUAAAAUAAGAAUAAGUACCUACAAGCUUUGAUUAAAAUCAAAGCCUACAAGUAACAACUUGCCUUAAUGUUUUAAGUAUCACAAGUGUGUAACCAUAUUUGGUACUUCAAAUUUGAAAGAAUGAGAGGGAUAAGGUUAGGCUUUAUUAUCUAUGGAAAUACAAUAAAUUCUCAGUUUCUAUGAAUGUUUGAGUACGUAAAAAUUGAGUAACAAAGAUUUUACAAUUUUUGUUUGUGUAGUGUAAGCUAGUGUAGCAGUAAGGGCCCAGAAAAUAAAAGAAAUAUUAGCUAUUAAGAUCUUUAUUAGUUACAAAUGCAAAUACUCAGUACCCGUAACGUGUGUUGAGGCAUCACGUAUUGUUGUAUUUUAGUACAAUAGUGUACUUGCUGUGCACGUAAAACUUUCAAUUUUCUACCAAGUACCGGUGGUACAAACAAAUGGUGCAUGGAGACAUUAGACAGUAGUGAGUGUCUGCCCGCCGCGCCUGCACGCGACGCUGGGUGUUAGUGGCUCGUUCGAACAACAGUUAUAACGCCGCGGUUGCUAUUGUACUGUUUAAAGUGCUCGCCAAAAAUGUACACAGGAGUUUUGGGAAUCUAAAACUGUGCUAGUUGUUUGUGUUUUUUUGCUCAUUGAUAUGUGGACCUCCGUCAGGAAAUGGUGCAGCGAGCAAUGUGGUGGCGUGGUGGUGCGCUCAGCCCCCGCGAUGUCGAAGAAGCCGGCGGCGGCGCCCACGCUGCACAAGGUGAUCAUGGUGGGCUCCGGCGGCGUGGGCAAGUCCGCGCUCACGCUGCAGUUUAUGUACGACGAGUUCGUCGAGGACUACGAGCCCACUAAGGCGGAUAGCUAUAGGAAAAAGGUGGUGCUAGAUGGCGAGGAAGUUCAGAUCGAUAUCCUGGACACGGCGGGACAGGAGGACUACGCCGCCAUCCGGGACAACUACUUCCGCUCCGGCGAGGGGUUCCUGUGCGUCUUCUCCAUCACCGAGCCGGAGAGCUUCGACGCUACGCAAGAAUUUAGGGAACAGAUCCUGCGCGUGAAGAAUGACGAGAACAUCCCAUUCCUGCUAGUGGGCAACAAGUCAGACCUGGCGGACAAGCGGCGCGUGUCCCUGGAGGCGUGCCGCGAGCGAGCCCACGCGUGGGCCGUGCCCUACGUCGAGACCUCCGCCAAAACAAGGGACAACGUCGACAAGGUACACACAUACAUCCACUUGUUACACCUUCAUACUGAGCCCACGCGUGGGCCGUGCCCUACGUCGAGACCUCCGCCAAAACAAGGGACAACGUCGACAAGGUACACACAUACAUACCACUCAUACAUCCACUUGUUACACCUUCAUACUGAGCCCACGCGUGGGCCGUGCCCUACGUCGAGACCUCCGCCAAAACAAGGGACAACGUCGACAAGGUACACACAUACAUACCACUCAUACAUCCACUUGUUACACCUUCAUACUGAGCCCACGCGUGGGCUGUACCCCACUCUUAUAAUGUUCAUUCUUCUAAGACUUUAUCCUUUCUGGGAGAAGGCUCCAAGAAGGCUAUUAUCGUAAAUAAUAUCCCUAAUCUUAUUUCCCACCAUCGACCACCCUCUUCCACACUUACGGCAGCACUCAAAGAUGUCGAUUAAAUAUUAAUUAUCCAUUAAGUCAUGCGUUGUCUUAUUUUUAAUAAAGCAAAGAGAGACAGCGUCAACAACCGAAAUUAAAAGAUGAUCGACAUCUUUGAGUGUGACCAUCGGACAAUAAUAAAAAUAGUUCUUCUAAUAUUUUUACUGAAAUUCAAACAAUAGGGGUGAUGACGGGGUACAGUAAACGAAAUUCUAUUUAAUCCGUGAGUUAGAAGAUCAAAUAAUAAUGGACACGUAUUUUUUCUUUGCGCUAUUAUCAACCAAAAAAUGACAAAGUUAUAGCGCGUCAAAAUUUGGGAGUAGGGGAUCGUGACGUCACUUUUGAGUGAAUUUUCCCUUAUAAGUGUACUCAAACGUGACGUCAUGCGACUUUUCAAAUCAAUAUAUCUCUGCAAUGUUUAUAUUAUGUGAAAAAAGAAAAAAUACGUGUCCAUUACUUUUUUAUAAUCUACCUGAUAAACGAAGAAAAAAAAAUUAGUCAUCAUCCCUAUUAUUCAUCUCGUCUCCAUGUAAUCCUGUUUUUUCACUGCGAAUCCCGACAGAUGGCGUUUGGAUGAAUUUAACGUGAACGCCUCACACUCGGCGCUUUGAAUUAUUGUCUGUGGCUUGCUUCACGCGAGCUGUGGUCUGCGCCAAACUAAUUAUUACCAGAUACAUUUAUUUUUUCACGAUUUCAUAUUAUUGUCAAUAGAAAUUAGAGGUGACGCGAGAUCACAGAACCGCGAAUAUCGCGGCUCUUUUCAUAUCGUAAAACAUAAGGUACCCGUAGCACGAACCAAUAUCAAAUAGUUUGCGAGUCGAUGUUAAAAGAGAUUGCUGAAAUUGGCCCAAAUGCACAAAAAAUAUUAUAUUACACGGUAAUUCUUGGCGUAAUUUAUAAUUUAAUUUACAGUCAUUGGAUUUCAACGGACACCUUUGUAUAAUAUAUUUACUUUAAAAAGGACUUUUUAAUUUUACCGGUUUGGAAAACAUACGAAUCGUUUUUAAUGGCUAUGGGUGUAGUAACAUUCAGCCAAAGGCGAAGUUGUUUAUAUAACAUCAAAACAUAUCUAUUUUGUAAAGAUCGAUACAAUAAAUCAUUUUUUACACUGUGGUAUUAAUAUCCACAACUAUAUUAUCGUAUAGGUGUCCGUCAAUAAUAUUCGUUUCUACAGUAAUUUAUAUAUAAUUUCGAAUCUAGAAAACAAUUUUUCAUGAUUAUUGGUCUUUAGGCCAAACAUGUAUGGAAGCUGAGCAAUCUCCUUUUGAAUGAAAACUUGAACAGCAGAGUCAUAACGUACGUAACGAGAACUAAAAAUCAUGGUUGGUUUGUGCUAAGGGUACAGUAAUUGUGAUUUUACGGUGUGAAUGGAACGCUCAAUGGUGGAGGUACGCGUUGUACCGUUUUGUACGUACUGUAAUGUACUGAGAGUUAUUCCUAUAGGUUAGUUUUAAAUUCACGAAUGUAUGGAGUAUCGAUCUGUGUAUGAAAUAUUUAACAGGCACACACCGGAACAAAUUUAUAAAGGAAUCGAGAAGAUAUGCAGAAAUAUAAUGAUUUGCAAAAGCUUGUUUGUUUAU